UUGUUCUACACGGACUAGCGAGGAAGUCGUGAAUGUGCAAUAGCAAAACACUUCCAUCUCUUCUCCACAUGUCCACUGUUCCGAGUGGCUGUCAUUGCACAUCAACAAAUCUGAAAUCUUGAAUAUCCAGUGCUUUUGUUUCACUACAUCCCUUCAGAGCUGAACUAUGACUAAAGAAAAUGUACAAGGAGCCGGUGAGGAGGAGCAGCAGGCCCAGUCGAAGAAAGCCCUGAAGAAACAGCAGAAGGAAGCAGAGAAAGCAGCGAAGAAGGCAGAGAAGCAGGCCAAGCUGGCUGCAGAGCAGCAGGAAGCUGAUGAGGAUGACUUUGCCAAGGAUCGCUAUGGGAUCUGUCCUAUGGUCCAAUCCCAGCAGAAACUGGACAGGCCGUUGGUGCGUGUCCAGGACCUGACACCCGAGAAGGCAGAGCAGCAGAUCUGGGUGCGCGCCAGAAUUCACACCAGCAGAGCUAAAGGGAAACAGUGCUUCUUGGUCCUGCGUCACCAGCAGUUUACUGUGCAGGCCUUGCUCGCUGUGGGAGAUCGUGCGAGCAAGCAGAUGGUCAAGUUUGCAGCUAACCUCACGAAGGAGAGCAUCAUUGACGUGGAGGCCGUGGUGAAGAAGGUGGAGCAGAAGAUCGAGAGCUGUUCCCAGCAGGAUGUGGAGCUCCAUGUGGAGAGGAUCUUUGUGAUCAGCCAGUCUGAAGCCCGGCUUCCCCUUCAGCUGGAAGAUGCUGUCAGGCCAGAGGGAGAAGGAGACGAGGUGAGAAAGCUGAAAUGUUGUGGAGAUACUUACAAAACCUUCACAGUGCAAAGUGAAAAGCAGAGGUUUCCAGGUACCACGACCAGCCAGGCCAUCUUCAGGCUGCAGUCAGGCAUAUGCCAGCUCUUCAGAGACACGCUCAUCAACAAGGGUUUUGUGGAGAUCCAGACCCCCAAAAUCAUCUCUGCUGCCAGUGAGGGUGGAGCAAAUGUCUUCACCGUCUCCUACUUUAAAACCAGUGCGUACCUGGCCCAGUCUCCUCAGCUCUACAAGCAGAUGUGCAUUUGCGCUGACUUUGACAAAGUCUUCUGUGUCGGACCAGUGUUCAGAGCUGAGGACUCCAACACUCAUCGCCAUCUGACCGAAUUUGUGGGUCUGGAUAUUGAAAUGGCUUUCAAUUACCAUUACCAUGAGGUCAUGGACUCCAUUACUGACACCAUGGUUCAGAUCUUUAAGGGACUUUGUGACCGGUUCCAGACAGAGAUCCAGACUGUGAAUAAGCAGUACCCCAGUGAGCCGUUCAAGUUCCUGGAACCCACGCUGAGACUGGAGUAUAAGGAGGCAGUGGCCAUGCUCAAAGCUGCUGGGGUGGAAAUGGGGGAUGAAGAAGAUUUGAGUACACCUAAUGAAAAGCUGCUUGGUCGUCUUGUGAAGGAGAAGUAUGACACUGACUUCUAUGUGCUGGACAAAUACCCCUUGGCGGUAAGGCCGUUCUACACCAUGCCUGACCCUAACAACCCAAAAUACUCCAACUCAUAUGACAUGUUCAUGAGAGGAGAGGAGAUCCUGUCUGGAGCUCAGAGAAUCCACGAUGCCCAACUGCUCACUGAAAGAGCAAUGCACCACAGCAUCGACUUGGAGAAGAUCAAGGCUUACAUUGACUCGUUCCGCUAUGGAGCUCCUCCUCAUGCCGGCGGUGGCAUAGGUCUGGAGAGAGUGACCAUGCUUUAUCUCGGCCUACAUAAUGUACGUCAGACCUCCAUGUUCCCCCGUGACCCCAAACGCCUGACCCCGUAAAGAUUAAAGCAGCCAGUGGGCUUCUUGUCUCUCAUCCCGCUGAAGCAGUAGAACCGCCAGCCAGCCAUCAGGGAUCCGGAUGUGCCAGGAUGCAGAAGUGCCAUGAUGAUUAACCGACACAAAUUAAGCCACUUUUAUACUUAUUACCAGACACAACAUGAUGUUAGAUAAAACUAAUGUACUUUGAAGGGAAUCAAUGUUAACUGUUAAAUAAUACAGGUGAUAGUAACAUUAUUAAAAUCAUACUGUACAUGUAGGUUUUUUCUACUGAUGAUGUUCCUUGACACCCAAGUUUUUGAGAAUUCUAACAAAUAAUUUAAACAAUGCAUGCACAAUAAAU